AUGGCGACGAGUGAGGGAUUUCUGACGAACGAGCAAAGGGAAAUGCUAAAAAUAGCGAGCCAAAAUGCGGAGAUUUUGUCGUCGUCUCCCAAGGGUUUGUCUUCAUCCCCUAAAUCCCCAUCACAAUUGUUUUCUGAGCAUCACUUAAAAGUUCCUGCUUCGGGGAAAGCGAGUACUGCCGGGAUUGCUGUGAGACAUGUCAGGAGAUCGCAUUCGGGGAAGCUUGUGCGUGUUAAGAAAGACGGUGGCGGUGGUAAGGGCACAUGGGGAAAACUGCUCGAUACUGAUGGUGAAUCCCAUAUUGAUCGGAAUGAUCCUAACUAUGAUAGUGGAGAGAUUGCUCUCUUCUAUCCUACCAUUGAACAGGAGCCGUAUCAGCUUGUUGGGGCAACCAUCUCAGAUCCUUUAGAUGACUACAAGAAGGCUGUCGCUUCAAUAAUAGAGGAGUACUUCAGCACUGGUGAUGUGGAAGUGGCUGCAUCUGACCUCAGAGAACUUGGGUCUAGUGAAUAUCAUCUGUACUUUAUCAAGCGUCUUGUUUCUAUGGCCAUGGACAGGCAUGACAAGGAGAAGGAAAUGGCUUCAGUUCUGCUUUCUGCACUAUAUGCUGAUGUCAUCAGCCCGUCCCAGAUUAGGGAUGGGUUUGUCAUACUUCUAGAGUCUGCUGAUGAUCUUGCAGUUGACAUACUGGAUGCAGUUGACAUCCUUGCUUUGUUCGUGGCUCGUGCUGUGGUUGAUGAUAUCCUUCCUCCUGCUUUCCUCACUAGAGCAAAGAAGACACUUCCAGAAUCCUCCAAGGGAUUUCAAGUUCUCCAAACUGCUGAAAAAAGCUAUCUUUCAGCCCCACACCAUGCAGAACUUGUGGAGAGGAAGUGGGGUGGUAGCACCCAAAUCACUGUGGAGGAAGUGAAGAAAAAAAUAGCUGAUCUGCUGAGGGAAUAUGUGGAGAGUGGAGAUGCUUUUGAAGCCUGCAGGUGCAUAAGGGAGUUAGGAGUUUCAUUCUUUCAUCAUGAGGUUGUUAAGAGGGCUUUGGUUCUUGCCAUGGAGAUUCGAACUGCAGAACCACUUAUAUUGAAGCUGUUGAAGGAAGCUUCUGAAGAAGGCUUGAUAAGUUCCAGUCAAAUGGCAAAGGGUUUUGCUCGAUUGGCAGAGAGCCUUGACGACCUUGCCCUUGACAUUCCAUCUGCAAAAUCAUUGUUCCAAUCCCUUGUCCCCAAGGCUGUCUCUGAAGGAUGGCUUGAUGCUUCUUUCAUGAAAUCUUCAGGUGAAGAUGGACAGGCACAAGCUGAAGAUGAAAGAUUAAAGCGGUUUAAGGAGGAGGCUGUGACUAUAAUUCAUGAGUAUUUUCUCUCCGAUGACAUCCCUGAAUUGAUUCGGAGUCUCGAAGAUCUUGGAAUGCCUGAGUUCAACCCAAUUUUCCUGAAAAAGCUCAUCACUCUUGCCAUGGACAGGAAGAACAGGGAGAAGGAAAUGGCAUCUGUGCUGCUUUCAGCUCUUCACAUUGAGAUAUUUUCAACUGAAGAUAUAGUUAAUGGUUUUGUCAUGCUUCUUGAAUCUGCAGAAGAUACAGCGCUGGACAUUUUGGAUGCUUCAAAUGAGCUGGCACUCUUUCUUGCUCGGGCUGUCAUUGAUGACGUCCUGGCCCCCUUGAAUCUGGAGGAGAUAGGCAGCAAGUUGCCACCAAAUUGCUGUGGAAGUGAGACGGUGCGCAUGGCUCGAUCGCUUAUUGCUGCUCGUCAUGCUGGCGAGAGGCUCCUGAGGUGUUGGGGAGGUGGGACUGGCUGGGCUGUGGAAGAUGCAAAGGACAAGAUAUUGAAGUUGCUGGAGGAGUAUGAAAGUGGGGGUGUUUUAAGUGAAGCUUGCCAAUGUAUUCGUGACCUUGGAAUGCCCUUCUUUAACCACGAGGUGGUGAAGAAGGCAUUGGUCAUGGCAAUGGAGAAGAAGAAUGACAGGAUGCUGGAUCUACUUGAAGUGUGUUUCAAUGAAGGCCUGAUCACUACCAAUGAGAUGACCAAAGGCUUCACCCGUAUCCAGGAUGGGAUGGAAGAUCUGGCUCUUGACAUUCCAAAUGCAGAGAAGAAAUUUAAUUUCUAUGUGGAGUAUGCCCAGAAGAAGGGCUGGCUGCUGGCAUCUUUUGGAUCAUCAUCUGUUGCAGCUGGUUCCUCAAACGUUGUGGCAGCUACUUGA